CGCCCCCUCCGGUGACGUCACGGCUGCAGCUGUUCGGUUCGUCUGAAUGUAAUUUCACAGACAGCUCGUUUUUCCUCGACGGAACGGCUUCGAUGUAACGACGAAAGCGACGGAUUUUUGUAAUUUUGAAAGCAUAUACGGUUUAUCCUCGGUCAGAUGUGGAACGACGUAUAACGGAAGACGUUUGUUAGCUUUCACGGCUAAGCGUUUGCUGAUGAUCUAGAUUUGGGUAUCUGUUUUCGUAUCGGACAACCUUGGGUAUGUCAAAAAUAUCAGCCGGUUAACUUUGUCUAAAUAAGAACUGUAUACAUUUGAACUUUGAAAAAGUGAUAACUAAUACUCUUGCGUGAUGUUAUUUGAACUGUGAUUUAAAGUGUUUUCGCUUUGUCGUAGUUUCGCGUUGGGGUUGAAAGCGGAAGACGCUGUUAGCGUCAACUUCGAUGUGUUUUUGUAUUCAACUUACAAUUGCAAGUGUUGUUUUAAAACUUUAGUUAUGUAUUACACAUGCGGUAUUACCAGUGAAUCGUGUUAUUAUAUUUGUUUUGAAUUAACCUUCUGAAUGUGAAACUCACGGCCUUGUCAGGCCUCAAACACGCGUUCAUGUAACGUAGGCCAGGAAUGUGGUGUCGUCGACUUCGUCUUAAUUUGCAUUAUUUCGUACAUAAUUGAAUUAAAUACGACCCUUUAUUUCAGCAUGUUAUGUGAAACUACUAAAACAUUGCAUUUUGAGUAUUCAUUUGAUUGUUUGUCCCUGGAGCACGACUGCCAGGGCAAAGUAUCAUGUGAUGAAACCGCGUUCAGUGUUUUUAUUUCGAUUCUUUGUAGUGUGUCGUGUGAAUCUCGAUUUAAACGCAUUGAUCAGGUUAGACCCCACAUGCUUUACUAGUAUAUGUUUAAAGGGUUUUUAAAAUAUAUUUUCUAAACUACAAAAAGACAGCUUUUUUUUAAUCAAACCCAUUCAAAAUGGCUCUGGGAAAGAGUGUAACGUAGCUUUUGAUCAUUAUUUAAGAUCGGCAUGUAUUACACAUGCUGAGAUCGAUUACAUGGCUUUCAUUUUUUUUAUUUCCUAGGUUUGUUAUGCAAGGAGUAAUACCGGAACUUGUUGGCACUGCACUGCAAUCUUACUUUUACUUUCAGAUUUUAGAAGUGCUCUCUUUUGUUUUGCUGUCAGUCCUGUUUUGUCAUUAAUGUAAAUGGUAUGGAAGAGUAACAUUUUAAUAUCUUUAUUUCACUAAAGAUAGGUUUAAAAGCUGAAAAAUGGUGAGACCACACUCAGGAUCGCCUCGUUCCAAACACAGGCCUUUCUCAGACAACUACAGCAGCAUGAAUCAUGAAGGGCGAUUUGGCCCCCCUUCAAGAAGCCAGAGAGGUUUCAGAGGACCUCCUGGAAAAGCCCCACCAAGUUGGAGAGAUAACAACAACAGUGGACCCCAGCCAUACCCCAAGAGGCCUUCACUCAUGGGUGAACGCAGAGAGCGACCACAUGGACACUGGAUGCAGAAUCAGGAUAACUUCCAUCCGUAUCCCAGCUCACAGGAUUCACAGCGGGGCCGCAGGAGGCCUUCUCCACCCCGCUCAAGCCGCCCUCCCCCAGUCCAGCACAGGCAGUCCCCGCAUGGUCCUAUGCAUGGACCGCCUAGCCACAGAGCACCACUUUUCCACGAAAACCACCAUAGCCACACAUCUCCAUCUCGCCAUUUCCACGGCCCUCCGUCAGACAGACGGAUUCUUUCGCCACAUAGUUCCUUUAGGGGUCCGCAGCGACGCCCAAGCCCUCAGGAGCAUGACAGGAGCUGGUGCCCCUCACCUCGAGACAGGCCCUUUGGCCGACCAAACCUUGGCGGGCACCACUGGAAUGGCCCAGGAGGUUACCCUCACCCCCCUGGUGGGGAUUCGAGGCUCUCUGGCCCACCUCAACGAAAACCCAGAGAGUUUCAUGGAAGGAGUUCAUAUCCAGAGAGGUGGUCUGCAGAGAGAGAUCAGCGUGCACCGCAUGGAGAGCUAGGAAGGGAGUCCCGGCGUCCCGGCAUGGAAUGGGCACAAGGAGGAGGGGGAAGCCCACAUGGUCGGCCCCCUUACAGAUCACCGGCACGAAGACCAGGCCCACCACCACCAGGCUCAUCGCUCAGACCAUAUCCGCCUUUGCGACCUCAGGAAAGGCCCAUCGGGCGGCCAAUGAAGAGGAAGAGUCAUGAUUUCAGACGGCCACCGUCAUCAAGCGGUAUGGACCACGGGCCGCCAAAGCGCUUCCGCAGGGAAUUGUCAGUCAGGCCUCUUCCUAUCAGGGGCUUCAGAGGUCGUGGUUUGUCACUUCAAGAUAAGAGUCGACUCCUAAAGGCACGGAAGUUUAGAGCGGAGUCAGUGGCCCGGUUCAAGCUGCCUCCACCGAGGCCAAGAAUCUCGGACAGAGUCCAGAAGCCCAAGCCUCAGUCUUCGCCAAAGAACGGCAAAGAUUCCCCGGGAGUCCCACUGCGCAAGUUAUCACUCAAAAAGAUGCCUUCGUCCAGAGAGUCAUCCCCCAACACAGACUCCAAGACUGCAGAGCCUGAGAGGGACUCCGAAACAAAGGUGGAAUCCCGUCGCUCUGUGAGCGCACACAGCUCUUCACCAAUAGACAGACGACUUUCACGUGAUCUUGUUGUGGUUUCUCAUUGGGAAGCAGGGCACAAACCCAGUACUAGCCCUAAGAACAAUGCACCCUGGAGGAAUAAGGCACCCAAGAACAAAUCUGAUGAAUCAGAAUCUCAUGGAAAUUUAACACUGAAUGAACGUUUCACCAAGCUACAAAGUCCUACUAGCUCUUCACAGGAACAGAAAGAAAGACGGUCUUCUGGAAGUCCAGAAAAAACCCUGAGGAAACCUGGAUCAUUUCAGAGGCCUAAUUUCCGCCCAACUACUGGAGUGAAGAGGGGAUCCGCCCCUGAUGGAGUCAUUAGGAAACCACUGAUGGGCACUUUAAUUCCAAGACCACCCUUCAAUCAGAAGCCUGUCUUCAAAAAGAGUCAAAGUAUCAUGUCAAAGUACAAGAACUUGCAGACGUUGAGGCAUAAAGUACCCCAUCAGCGUCAAGCCACUAGCUAUCGCCGGUGGUGACCCAAAAUGAUCACACAUGCUGAGGCAAGUCGUCCACUGUAAAGCCUCUCUACAGCUCCCUUCCCCGCUCACCUUCCCUUAUCUCCUGCUGUACAACAGUUUAUACUAAUCUCUGUACAAAAAAAAACUCAAAGAUCACCAAAGUAUUAUUUUUCAUCUAUAGUAGUUUGUUUUUUUUUCUUCUUUGGUGUGCUUUAGAGAUAAAGUCUUGAAUUCUGUGCAUUUGUGUUUUUAGAGUUUCAAAAAUAGAGAUUAGUGUUUUUUUUGUAUAUACCUUUAACCUGUACAAAUUCGCUCUGUUUGCCAGAAUUUUGUGAAAAUAUGAUUUUUAGCUUUGGUUAGAUUUUUCGACAUGUUAUGUUUAUAUCGUACAUCAGUGUCUGAAUAGCUGCUUUUUGAAAGUGACUGUUAAAAGACUCAUAUCAUGUGAACUGAUCUAUGUAGAACGCUGUAUGAUGAAUAGCUUUCAUUUGAUGAAACCAACUGAGUUUGAGUGUUUAGUUGAGCACUGUGUGUUGAUAAAUGACUUCUCUGAAAAGUUUUGUUUGUGUAGCUCAAAAAAAACACCAUGUACAUUCUUUGUAAUCAGACACUUUGAAUAAAACUGGAAUUGUCAGGUGUU